UGGUGUUUUUGUUUUUCAGUCUCACACAAUUCUACUUGUCCAGCCUACCAAGAGGCCAGAAGGCAGAACAUAUGCUGAUUAUGAAUCGGUGAAUGAGUGCAUGGAAGGAGUCUGUAAAAUGUAUGAGGAGCAUCUGAAGAGAAUGAAUCCCAACAGUCCAUCCAUUACAUACGAUAUCAGCCAAUUGUUUGACUUCAUCGAUGACUUGGCAGACCUCAGCUGUCUUGUUUACCGUGCUGAUACUCAGACAUACCAACCGUACAAUAAAGACUGGAUAAAGGAGAAGAUCUACGUCCUCCUCCGCAGGCAGGCCCAGCAAGCAAGCAAAUAAUGGGGGCGCCAUCAGUACGUGGGUUUGGGGGAGGGCUUGGACAACAGGUGUGUACAGAGUGUAGUAGUGAACGUUUUGUAUUAUAGUCAUCCUGUUGUCAUCUUGUUAAACUCUUUAGCCAGGACUGAAUGUAUUAGAGAUGCAAGGAUUUUGUUGGAUUUGACUUUUUUUUUUUCCAGUGUAAAUGGAGAAGAAAGUGCAACAUCUUCAGCAGAGUUUUGAUUUGGGUUUUUUCCUCUGGUUAGCUAAUGGUCCUACCUUAUUUGAACCCCUGGGGCUGUUCACAUUGUACUUCACCACAUUCACUGUAUGUGCCCUUCUGUGGGGUUUCCAACAUUUAGUUAUGUCCUUGAGACAGUCUUAAUGGGGAAUAAAAAAAUACCCUUUAGUUAAACUUGAGUGCUGAAUUUUGUGUUUUCUGCCAAACAACAAAUUAAAUCUUUCUUGCCUGUUUGCUAAAGAACAGGCCUUGCAAGGUUACAUGGACUGAACCAACAGUUGUUUGUUGUAUCACAGAACGGCUCAAAUUCUGGCCUGCCGAGUUAACUUCUCCUGCCUAACCUUGACUACUGUGUUUCCUGGGGAUCUUUGGGAAACACAGCAACCCUCUCGUGCUCUAAACUUCAUCUUUCUACAAGGCAUUUAUAUUCGGGUAAGUGUGCCUGCUCUGGGAUAGGCAAUGGGUAAGAACAGGCUGUAUGUAUCACAUCUCAGACCCCAGGAAUUAAUCAGCUUCCAGCCCUCCCCUGAGAAAGGAAUAGGCAAAGCAAAUUGUUUUGAUGGGAAUCUGCCCCAGACUACAUUUUCUCUUUACAAAGAAUAAGGGCUUAACUGCUUGCACACACUGUAAAAUUAUAUCUGCCCCGGAUAUCUUGAACACUGAUAUCUCUGUAAUUUUGCUGUACUGAAAAAGUUUGGAUUGGAGGACACAUUAGACCAAAAAAUAUGUCAGGUGGAAAAGCAAGGCUGGCUUGGUACUUUGUGCCUUUGCGUUAGUCUAGAGUUUGUCUACUGUAGGUAUAGAUUUGAGUCUUAGACUGUACAGGUAUAUUCAGCCAGGAGCAGUCCCAGGAUUAACAGAGGACUGUAGCGCUCGCCAGUGCGCUUAACUCCCUAACAGACAUCGAUAGUUUCUGAUGAACCUCACAGCAAAUGGCUUUGCUUGAAAGAAUCAGAGUUCAAAUUGGCUGUCUAUGGUAGAGCUUUAAUGAAAAUAGCUUCACUUAAGCGAUAAGUAAUAGCUGUGGAAGACUUGGAAUCAAAUUACUGAGGAGAGAGAAAUUCUUAGAAAGGUAUCAGGAGAGGGCAGUUAGACCAUACUAGCUCUGUAGUUGUAGAGACCCAGAAACGAUUCAAUCUACUAAUGUAAAAACAUGCUUCAUUUAUGAUAAAUAGUGAUUUUCAAAGCAUAGUAGGUCAGAAGUAUAUUAAUCCACUUAAGGUUACCUAAAUCUAUAUGGAAGUUUUACAUUCAAAUGCAGCUUGACACAGUAAGUAAAACUUAGAAAAUUCACUAUUGCCCCAUAUAAUAACAUUUAGGUUUAAUAUAAGCAAUGUUAUUUAAACAGCUUGUAUAGCUUAUCCUCUUGUAUAGCAAGUAGUAAAAGAACAUGUUCUUUCCUAACAUGUUUGGGUUUCACUUCUGAUAAACAUUUACAAUUUAAAAAAAAAAAUCCAGUAU